CUCUCCCCUCCUAGCAUCUCUUUUGGGCUAAUUGAGGAUGAAAAUGACGUACUCCGUAAUUAAUUUGAUAUCUUCCUAGUUGAUGACCCCUCUGGCUCUCGAAUUCGCUCAUUCCACACCGCACUUUAAUCUCUAUUUUUUCUCCAAAAAUGGCACUCGCCGUUAAAGCUUUUGCCCUUUCCUUUUCCGCAAUUCUCCUGGCCACUCGAAUCCCCGCAGACGCCGUCGUCACGGAUCCUGCCCGGAGACUUCUAGGGAUCCGCCGCGCCGUGAACCGCAGCCCGCAACCCGACUGCCGCGAAAUCAGAUCCAGAUCCCAGUGCUCGCAGAGGCAGGAUUGCCGGUGGUGCCGUAGUGACGUCAUCGAUGACUUAUGCUUCUCCCGGGCCGAAGCUUCCAGAUUGCCCUCACAGGUCUCCGUUUGCAAUUGACAAAACAAAAAGCAAAAAAAGAAAUUUGUUGUUGUUUUUUUCUUCUUCUUCUGGAUAUUUCUGUGGAUUGCGCGUUUUGUAACAUUCAUCGAUGGUCGGAUCAGACUGAUUUCUGAGUUUUAGUUGGUUUCCUGUGAUUUAUUUUUGUGUCUGUAUAAGCUGAUCAAAAGUGUUUAUGAUCAAUUUUAAAUUUAUAAAUCAGUUGAUCGUGUGUUUAUAAGAUGCUUAUAAGUUAGAAAUAAAUAAGUAGAUUUUAA